AUGGAGGGUGAAUCUACGAGUUGUCGUCAAUUGAACUUUGAAGAAAAUGAAGCUAGUCGGGAAGAUGACUUUGAAGUUAUUGAUGAAGGCUUAAACAUUGAAACAGAUUUGGAUAUACCACAAUUGGGGUUAGAAUUUGAUACAGAAGAAGAUGCAUAUCAAUUUUAUUUGGCAUAUGCUAAAAAAGUUGAAUUUGGCAUAAGGAGAGGAAAAAUCCACAAUGAUAAAUCGGCGAAACAGAUUGAGAUUGCAAGUGAUGUGGGAAUCCCCCCAAAAGCAUCUCAUGAUCUUAUGGUGAGACAAGUAGGUGGGAGGGAGAAUUUAGGAUUUAUUCCUGAGGAUUACAAAAACUACUUGCGAUCCAAAAGAACAAUAAAUAUGAGAGUUGGGGAUACAGGGGGUGUAUUGGAGUAUUUGCAGAAAAUGCAGUUUGAUGAUCCUAAUUUUUUCUAUGCUAUUCAAGUUGAUGAAGAUGAUUUGAUUACUAAUAUUUUUUGGUCUGAUGCUAAGAUGAGAGCUGAUUAUGCUAAUUUUGGAGAUGUUAUUUUCUUUGACACAACCUACAGAAAGAACAAUGAAGGUCGGCCAAUUGCGUUAUUUGUAGGUGUUAAUCAUCAUAAACAAUCGAUACUUUUUGGUGCAGCUUUAUUAUAUGAUGAAACCAGUUUGACUUUUGAGUGGUUGUUUGAUACAUUAACUAGAGCUAUGGGUGAGAAAAAACCAACUACUAUUCUUACAGAUCAAGAUGCAGCAAUGACAAAGGCAUUAGCUUCCAGAUGGCCUGAAACACAUCAUCGUUUGUGCAUUUGGCACAUUUAUCAAAAUGCCGCCAUACAUUUGAGUGGAGUUUUCUCUCAGUUUAGAGACUUUGCUAAAGAUUUUGCUUCAUGUGUGUAUGAUUUUGAUGAAGAGGAAGAUUUUAUUUCAGCUUGGAAUUUGAUGUUGACUAAGUAUUCACUUGAAGACAAUGAUUGGUUGAGGCACAUGUACAACAAAAAGGAAAAAUGGGCUUUAGUAUAUGGACGACAAAUGUUUUGCGCGGAUAUGACUACAACCCAAAGAAGUGAGAGCAUGAAUAGUGUUGUGAAAAAGUAUGUGACUUAUAAACAUAAGUUUUUAGACUUCUUCAAUCACUUCCAAAGACUCCUUGAUGAUCGUCGAUAUGAGGAAUUAAAAGCAGAUUUUAGAUCAAAUACAACAGUUCCAUAUUUAAUGUUUCCAAUUGAGAUUCUAAAGCAUGCUAGUGAAAUUUAUACUCCUGAGGUAUACAAGUGUUUUCAACAAGAGUGGUGCUUAUCUCAUGAUUCUAGUUUAGAAAUUUGUGAGGAUGUUGAUGCAUUUACAAAAUAUAAAAUUACUCCUCACAAAAAGAGAAACUUGCAUAUAGUUACACUUUAUAAGAAGUCUGAAAAAAUUGAGUAUAGUUGCAGAAAAUAUGAAUUUGCUGGAAUUUUGUGUUCUCAUAUUCUGAAAAUAUUUACGUGGAAUAAUAUCAUGAAGAUCCCAAGUGAGUAUGUAUUGAAAAGGUGGACAAGAAAAGCAAAAAUUGGAUAUUUUGGAGUUUAUGAAGAUUCUGCCAACAAUGCUAGUUUGGAUCCAAAAGUACUUCAAAACAUGCGAUACAAAGAUUUGUGUGGGUUGAAUGUUCAAUUGAUUACCAAGGCAGCGGAAAGGGAUGACACUUACAAUGUUGUUAAAGAUGUCAUGUUGAGCUUGUGUAAGAUGGUGGAUGAUAAGUUACAAUUCAAUGAAUCAAAUGUCCAACAAUCAAAAGUGAGCCAAGAAUCCUUGGAAUUUGAUUAUGGUGAAGGGAACUCUACAGGAGUGAAAGGAAUUAAAACAAAGAAGAAAACAGUCUCAAGUAAAAGGUUAAAAGGUGGGUUAGAGAAGAUUUCAAGGAAAGGAAAAGCAACGAGGAAAAUAAACCAAGCUUCAAUGAUUGAUGUAGAUCAAACUAUUUCCAGCAUGCCCAUCGUACAAUAUGACCGGAUCAAUCAUCAACUUAUAAAUUCUGUGCCAACAAUUGGUAGCUCUGUUGAUAGUGUGAGUAUGACUGAGACUCAAUUCCCACCAUUAUUAGCAUCACAACUUUCACAAGUUUUUGUAAAAUUUGGAAGCUGCAGAUUUUUGAUGGGCUAA